CAACCAAUGCAAGCAAACAAGCAAGCAAAGCAAUGCUCAUCAUCCUUCCGCGAGAGCCCGAGUGAGUGAGAGUCAAACCGAGUAGGGUUUCGGAAUCGCCGAGUGGGCGUCGUCGCUGGAGCCACAUCGUAGCCGAAUUGCCCACCAGACUGCUGUUAGACUGCUGUUGCUGCGGACUGAAAUGCCGAGUGGUUGCAACCUGAGUUGAGUUGAGUUGAGUUGAUGCCCACCACAAGGGACUGUCUGACUGACAGACUGACUAGGUUUGCAUCACCGUUGUCGCACUACUCUCCUGGCGGGUGUUGCUGCUGCGGCGGGUGUGGGUGGGUAAGGGAGAAGGUAUGGCGAAGAACGAUUGCUUGACGCGCGUUGUGGCUGGCGUCGGGAUUGGAGGAGCCGUCGGGGGCGCCUUCGGUGCUGUCUAUGGCACCUACGAAGCCAUCCGGUAUAGGAUCCCUGGGAUGCUCAAGGUGCGGCAUGUAGGUCAAACCACGCUCGGCAGUGCUGCCGUGUUUGGAUUGUUUUUGGGAGCCGGCAGUUUGAUCCAGUGUGGGAAGAAUUACUAGCUUCUGUGGAGCGAAUCAUGCGUCAACGAAGAUUUUGUUUAAACCUUGGUUGUCGCCUGAAUAAUACUCCUGGGAUUGGCGAACGGAUUGUAGCGCCCCUCGUUUGAAUGGGGCCAAAGCGUGUCUUGAUGUGCUGGAGCCACCCGUCUGAGUUUCUGCAAAUUUUUCGUAAGCGUAUCGAGAUGAUGCAAGACUUGGGAAGUUGAGGGUUCUGAUGGCAAUCAGGGUGUUUGGUAGGGGCAGUUGAUGAAGUUGUGCUUGACAUUCGCGAUUUGGAAUGUAUUGCCAAUGUCUUCACGGACAUGAGUUAGUGAAAUUUUUGUUGCAUUUUUGUUUGGAAGCAGUUGGACUGUCGAUGGAUUUAGCUACA